AUGACGGCCACCACGAACGGCGCCACCUCCCGCGCAGCCAGCCUUCGAGCUGGCAGUGUCGCGCGCAGUAUUGCGAAACGGCGCGAUAAGCCCUACAAGACGGAACAAAACAGAGUCAUCGCGAAAAAGCGAAAGCUCGACCUACAUACAACGUACUCGGCUUCAACCACACCCGCAGGAUUUACACUGCUGCACGUCGGAACACCAGAGCUCGCAGAACGCUGCAAAGAGCUGUCAAGGCAGCGAGGCCUGCCAGUCUACGUCGUCAACGCCAAACCCGUGAGCAAACAUGCUAUCGAUCCGGAGAAAGUCUCGCACCAUAUCCAUCGUGUGGGUUAUCAUUUUCGUUCAGAAGUUGUUGAGGAUGCCUGCCACGAACUGGGCUACAUUCAUCACAAUAACCAAUUUGUCAAGGAAGCCGACCUCGCGGCCCGCGAGGAGCAUACUAGAAUGGCUCGAGCUAUGGCAAAGUAUGGUCUCCAUCUGGAUCAAUCCGAGCAGCAGCAGGAGACGGACGACCAAGUUCGUGCUGCCAUCAAGGAGCUCUUCCCACGUAUACCUGAAGCGGAUCUCCAGGCCAUCCUCAAACAUGCUUGGGAAGAAGGUACAGGACGUGUAGGUAAUAACGUCGAGCUGACCCUGCCACGCCGCGUCCAGCUGGCAACCAUUGCUCGCAUUCGCCAUGAGUACACAGACUACGAUAAAUUGCUUCGCGCCUUCGAGUGGAAAGAAGCUCGUGCUGAGGUAGAACCAGUAUGCCUGCAGAAGCUGAUCGAGUGGCGAGGCGAGACAGAAGACAACAACGACAACGAGCUCGAGGAGAUCGUCCGCGAAACCAUCGUGAUUGAUGAUGACGAUGAUACCACUGCUGCAAACGGUAGCGAAGCUGAUGACGAGGACUCUGUUGUGGCCAUGGAGACAGGCUACAACAGCGACACGACUAUCGAGAUCAGCCACAAACUGGCAGGUGAUGAAGACCUCGGGGCAGAAAGCCACGAUGAGCGCUCGCAACAGUUCUUGCAGCGUUGGCAGCCACCGCCUCGCAAUGUCCAAAGACGUCGAAUUGAUGUUCGUCAGAAAAUCGGUGCAGUACGAGAGCAGAUGAGGAAUGGUAUUGCACCAACAACUCAGCAGGUCAUACGUGUUAACGUACCCGACAAUGGAGGAGACAUUAUCGAGAUCAAUGGACAGAGAUUCCUUCGUACCCCUGCGCCGUCGGCAUUGCAGCGUCCAUCACCACAGCAAUUCGCAGCAGUACCGGCGCAGCCACGCAGUCCGUAUGCUGUACAGCACGAGCAACCUGGCCGACCGAUUAGUGUGCAUCAGUACCAGCGGCAUACUGACCCUGCAGGUGGUUAUGCAUCAUUCUACGACAGGCCAGUCGCAUCGAUUGAGCCGCAGGACAACCUUCGACGAGCAGCCAUUGCGUCUCAUUCACGCCAAAACGGCAGUCGCUCUCGCCCUGCAACACCAAACAGUGAUCACUCAGGCAAACGGCGGCGUGUAGAUCUCACUACUCCUGUGUCCACGACUGAAGGUAAUCGUGUGCAGCGCUACUCGCCAUCAAGCUCUGUCGCUGCACAGUCUUUUGAUCCUUAUGCGAGGUCGCGUAUUUCUAUCGAAGGGGGUUCGCAAGUUGCACCACAAUGUGCUGGCCAGCCCGUUCGCCCUGAAGGACCCUAUGCUCCAUCCACAGGUGGUUUCUCCAGUAGGCCUCAGGAAACAUACCAUAUGCAGAAUUUCGCGCAACAUGAUCCCAGUCGGAGACCACCGCCUCCGGAUCCGGAACCUUACGAUCCAUUGCGGCCACUGAUACGAGCUGACGACCGUCGGGAGUACCAUGCCGGACGUGACCACAGACAGGACCAGCGACCGAAGACUGCCAUAAUGGAUGCGCAGGUAGCGCCAAUUCAAUACGUCCCUCAUCCACAGCAGAACGGAGCCCAGUACCAAAAUGCUCCUCGUCCAUCGGCGUACGAUCCCCAGAGGCCAGACCUGAGGUACCAAGGCGCUCAGCAACCGCAAGUAGUUUACAUCCAGGCUCCAACUCCAGUCCACGGAGCGCCAGCUGCCAUUCAGCAAGUCCCACGUGGUAAUGUGCAAGCCAAUGGAUAUCCUGCUGUUUACCAAGUGCCUGCAAACAGUGCACACCCGCCGUUGCCAAUAGGACAAACGCACCAGACGCCUUACUACUACCCUCGAUGA